UCUAAUACAUGUAAUAUGGCGCGCUCCACGGAGUUGCAAACAAACCACCUUGUUUACAUCGAAUCAUAAGUACUGAUCACAUACAAAUAAUGAAAAAUUACUAACCAAGUAUUUUGUUUAUUUAGCUCCACUUUGUGCUAAUUUUGUGAAUGCCUGGGGGGAAAUCAAGAUGGUUGAAAAUGUGAAAGGAAAUUCGUUUGACCUUCCUUGCAAAGACGUAGUGACAUGCAUUGAAUUUUGCCCAUUUGAGUCAGCAUCGCAGCUAAUCGCAUUCGGCAGUCAGUUGAGGAUCAGCAUCGGAUCUGUCAGAUUCCAGGAAGAAGAUAAGACAGUUGCCGGCUUUGACUACCAGCAUCUCCGAGACUUUCAUCAUGACACUCAAGUUGUUGCUAUCAGUUGGAGCCCAGAGACAUCCCUUGAAGUACUCCCACGAUGUGUGAGGUUUUGCACAGCCGGCGCAGACAACAAGAUCCGACUUUACACCUCUGACAUGAAGGAGCAAGAUAAGAUGGAGUUGAUGGACGGCCAUCUGGACUUUGUCAACGCACUAGCCUUUGAACCCACGGAAGGCCAACUUAUUGCUAGCGUCAGCGACGAUCACACGUGCCGUGUCUGGGGCAUAGAUGGUGUACAGAGAGCUUGCUUCUCACUGAAGGCAGCUGGUAUGUCUGCCUGUUGGAACAGCCAAGAUCCCAUGAAGCUGAUGGUUGCUGAGAAGCGCGGUACAAUUCGCUUCUAUGACCUCCUGAAUCAGCAACCAAUCAUGUCCCUGGAUGCGGGUCAUGUGAUGCUGAGGUCAGCUGAUUGGUGUGUCUGUGAUCCAACCAGGGUCGGGGCUGCUGUAGAGGGAGAGUGGAUGGUUUGGGACAUAACCAGGUCGAGUCGCCCUGAAGACAACCAGCAAGCCCACACUGAGGGUACUCAGCAAUUUCGCUGGUCGCGUGUCAGUGAAAACAUUUUUGCCACAACUGGUCGACCUGGAAACCAGGUCAAAGUCUUCCACAUGGGCCACCACCAGGUACCGGUCAGCAGCGAGGUACCAGUUCUCGGCGGCCUAUCAUGGCAUGCGUUUCUGCCUGUCUGUGCUGUUGGGGGCGACAGAAAAAUCCAUGUUUGGAUCACUGAAGCAUGAAACGUAUUGCCGUGUUUGUCAAAACCCCACACAUGACUCUGACAUAUGGAUCUCCCUUCCCCUGGUGUGCCAUACAGGCUGAGUUCAGGCGGCUUGUUUUCGUAUGUUCACGAACGGCUUGAUUCGCUCUUCUUGGGUCAGCUGCUCGAACGCCGGGAACAUACCACCGGUUAUCGCAGGUAGUUAGUGACAAGAAACAUGCAACAUGAUGGUGUCCAUGUAUGUUAUUUGAGAGUAAAUAUUUGGAUAACUGGGCUGAAUUCUUUUCUGUUUAAACAGGAACAUUUAUUUCUGUUACAGAAAAUAAUAGUCACUUUUGCAAAAUUUCCUAUCGUCUCUGGCUUUGAAAGCCGUCGCUGUACUUUUUGCCACGGUUGCUGUUCAAAAAUCAAAAUCUCACGACUUUUUCCGUGUGUUCCUACAAAACCCUGACAAGGAGGUGGUGUGUGAUCCUGUUCCGGGAACAGUGUUCUCGGGUCAUGAUCCCGCCUUUCGAGCGCGAGAACAAGAAACCCGUGUCAAGAACAGGCCGCCCGAACUCGACCACAGUGUUGCAGUAGGACACAAAGAUUUGGUUUGUGAAUGGGGGGGUCUGUAGUUCAAAACUAUUGUCUGGGGCUUGAGGCUCUCAUGCAGUGAGUUGCCGUUGUUACACAUGUAUUUGCAUACAUGUGAAAACUGGCACCUUUUGGAGGCCAAAUAAAGGCUAUAUACCAGGCAAGAUAUGGGACGGAGGGGUACCCCCCUUACCUGUCUAAUCCCUAUACGCACUCUAGACUACUGUU